CACGGUUUUUCUGUCGGCUCAUUUUCUGAGAGGAAGAGGAACGCGACGGAAAUAGGAGCGGAGAGAGCCAUCCCUUUAAGAACAACUGGGACAUAGCGGAGAGAGGAAAAGGAGAGGAGGGGGUAGAAGAAAGAGGAAUUAAAAAAGAAAAGGAAGGAAGAAAGAGACAGGGAAGGGAGGGAGAGAGAGAGAGAGAGAGAGCGCGAUAAAAAAAGAAAGAUGACAUCCUGUGAAUUGAAGCGCCGAGGUGGAGCGGCGGGCUGCGGCCGGGCUCGAGUGUUAUUCGUCCGGGUCACGGCUUGAAUCCUACAGCGAGGCUUCGACAAACAUCCGAUUGGCCUGUCGGGGGGGAUCGAGGAAAAAAACACUGAUUUAUCCAUAGCAACCUUUAAGUUUGACUGUUUCAAAUGCGUCAAGCGCAUUACGUCUAACCGCUAUUUUAACGUCUAAAUGCCUCAACUCCUGUUUUAUAAUGCAUGGUGUAAGAGUGUAGAAAUAACAUGAUUGCUUUCGAUAUUUUAAGUUAUGCAAAUGAAUAAAUAGCACGUUGUUGUGAUGUCUCGGUUAAAGUUGGAUAGGAGCAAAGUAAACACUAAAUAGCGUGCAUUAUUACCUGCUAAUCUGAGCCGUUAAUUAAAUAAGUGAUUGGUAGAAGAGUUAAAAAACACAACUAAACACUAUUUGCAAACUGCAGAAGAUUUAAAGCAUGUCAACGGUGCGUUAUUAAUCUUGAAGAUUGUGUAGUUGAUUAUAAUAUUCAUCGUUGUGGAACAAAAUGGAUGCCGCGUGGAGCAAUUUUCUCUUCCAGACCACACCUUCCCAUACUCAAGUGGAGGGGACCCUCCAAUCAGAUCUGCCUGGCCACACGACCUCUCAAACCCCGCCCACCGAGCACAUAGCUCCGCCUCCAUCGACAGUGGACACUGCUGCUCUCAAUGAGGACCCUGUACCUGUGAAGCCAGUGUCCAGACCGGCUCGCGCAGCUCAUAUCUGCUCAAUUUGCAGCAAGCAGUUCAAGAACAGCUACAACCUGCGGCGUCAUCAGUCCGUCCACACCGGUAUCCGCAUGAAGGGGGGGUCCCAGAGCCAAGAGGCCGUGGCCAAAGAGAGUGCGGAAAGACAAACGGUCCCCCUCUCUCUCCUUCACCUCUCCAUACCCCAACAGCAAACCCUAACGCUGCCCGCUCCUGCUGUUCUGCCCCCUCCCCACACACAAGUCCUGGCCACUCAAGAUGGAAACAAUGUUGCCAUGGAGAGCGUGGCUUCCACUGUGACCGCCCUCCCUCCUCCGGCUGCUGUUGUCAUGGCAACAGGGGAGCCUGUACAGAGGCCAGUAAACCAGAACCCCAACCCUGUGCGUAAAAACCACGCGUGUGAGACCUGUGGGAAAGCCUUCAGGGAUGUGUACCACCUGAACAGACACAGGCUCUCCCACUCGGACGAGAAGCCAUUUUCCUGCCCGAUCUGCCAGCAGCGCUUCAAGCGGAAGGACCGCAUGAGCCAUCACGUCAGAUCCCACCAGGGAGGCGUGGAGAAACCCUACGUGUGCCCGCACUGUGCUAAAGCUUUCUCGCGGCCUGAUCAUCUCAACAGUCAUGUCCGACAGGUCCAUUCUUCAGAACGACCCUUCAAAUGUCCGACGUGUGAAUCGAGCUUUGCCACGCGGGACAGACUGCGCGCUCACAUGAUCAGACACGAAGAGAAGGUUCCGUGUCACAUCUGUGGCAAACUGCUGUCUGCAGCCUACAUCACGGAUCACAUGAGGGUGCACAAUCAAUCACAGCAUCACUCCUGCCAUCUCUGCAACCGCAGUUUCACCACGCUGACGUACCUGCGGGUUCACGCUCAGAAGCACCACGGUCAGGAGUGGAAGGACAGCGGAGGAGGCUUCGGCACCACAGGCUCCGGGGGCGUCCUGGUCUGUCAGCUGUGCGGCGUGCACUGCAAGACCCCCACACAGCUGCAGGGCCACAUGGGUACCCACAACCCCCCUGUGAGUGACCCCAACCCCACCACCACCACCACCAGUGAGGCGGUGCCGGGCAGCAUGGUCACCCUCUGCAACAUGGUGUCGGCACCCACGGUGUUCGUGAGCGGGAACACGGUGGUGGAUCUGCUGGUGACCGACUGCUCCAGCAUCAUCCCGCAACCUCAAAGCUAGCAGAGCAGGCCUGUAGUGCACACACGCUAGUAACUAUACUCACACAUGCAACACACACAUAGCUACUAUACACAUGUAUGACUCAACUUAUUACACUAAAGAACCACAAGAAGCCAAGGAGAAACUGUGAAAAAGGCAUUCUGAGUGAAAGUUGCUCACGUUUUAUGACAUGCAAUGACAACUACUGUAGCAUGAUACAUUUUGAAAGAACACCUCUCGAUUAUGCACA